AUGACAAGGACUAUCCCUGCCAUUCCAAUUUGGGGUUCAUUCGACUUCAUUCGACUUCAUUCGACUCCCAUACGAAAAGCAUCUUAUAUUAACAGACCAACCUCUUUGUUUCAACAACAACCUUGGAAUCACGAUAUGGUUGAAGAUGAUCUGAUGAAGGAAGUCUUAAACUUAUACAUGCAGACGUCCUUCCCUCCACAUACUUCAGAUAUAGAUAUAGACAAAGCACUAGAAGAGAAAGUCAAACCGGGCGAAACAAGCUCUGAAAGGGGGACCGCUAUCACAUUACCGGUACUUGCCAUCGACGUGGAUCAAGAAAGAAGAGCUGCUACACCAACACUGUAA